UUUCUGUUCCUCAUCUUCUUUAAGAUUAAGCGGAUAGCCAUAGGAUAAUAUCGCAAUACACUUCUAUGAUUCUAGUGGGCCUUAGCCAGAUUGGCCCAUGACCCCACCAACCCACAUGCCCAUCUCAUCCCUUGGCUUUUCCCCUCUAUUAAACACCCUGCUUUUCGGCCAUCGCAAUAAAAGAAAAACAAACACAAACUUCAAACUCCAAUACUUGUAGAAAUUCACAAGGAGGUUACUAUGGAACUCGAUGAUGAUCUAUUUUUUGCUGACUUGAGCAAGCAAAUUUCUCUCCUAAUUAUGGAUGAAGAUGAUGACCCCCUUGCUUCUUGUACUUCACACUCUCUUCAGCCUCCUCCACAGUCUGGUUUCCUCUAUGAUGAUACUUUGAGAAGACAAAUUAGCAAAGGGACAGGUGUGUUCAUCCCCCAAUCCACACAGCCUAGAAGGAAGCACAGGAAAGGAAGAUCAAGCUCAAACUCUAAAUAUCAAAAGCAGUCUCAAGAUACAAAAUUUGUUUCUCAAGUUCCAAUAAAAAGUUCUUUCAAACCCAAAAAUGGUUGAGGAUAUAUGGAUUCUUCAACGCAAUAUUGUUAGUUUUACUUAAGUUCUAUUGAUUAAUUACUUUGCCGAGUUUAAUCACUUAUGGGUUUAAUUCUUUAGUCUUUAGGCAAUAAUAAUUAUAUGGCUAUAUAGUUUGAUGGAUUCAUGUAUAUAGGUUAUUAUGUACGUGGGAAUGCCAUAUAUGUACUUGCUACCUAGUCUUUAUAGCAAGAUCUUGUAACCCUUCAUCGUUGCAAAAGCACGAUUAAGUUGUUAAUUAUCUGGUUUGAUGAGUUUAUUAAUCUUGUUUCUU